AUGUCUGAGCAGUCAGUUGUCAGCCUGCCAUUUGGCAGAGCUGUUGAAGAAUACAUUUAUAAACAUGACCUCCUGAAGAACAUCCGACUCAAGAAACAGAGUAGAACUAAAGUAAAUAAGGCAAUUAAUACAGGCCUUGUUACGCUCCAACGUGUGGAGGGAGCGAUAGACUUUAUUGGGUGGACUACUGUAAAAAAUGAAGAUAAGUCAACCAAUCGCCUGGAUGAUACACUUAGACUAACUGAUGCAGGGAGAGCGCGCGUCAACCAAGUGAAACAAGGAGUUGCAAGAGACAUGUGUGUGUGGUAUUGGGUGCUUUUUUGUGCUGGAGAUGGAAACUGUCAAAGAGCAUGUGGUGGCUAUGGGAAAUGCAUGGAGGAAUGUCCCAAUUAUGGCCUUAAAAACAAUAUAAAGAAUGACUUUGAUAUGCAUAAGUGUACCAUUCGAAUUCUUAUUAAAGGACAACAUAUUCCAGAAAACAUAGCAGUUAAUCAUCAACCGUCUAUAUCACGAAUCAAUCUUUCCCAUAAAACGCGAGAUUUAAUACUAUCAAGUAGACGUGGAGCAAGCUCUAGUAAGAUGGGUGUCAUGAUGAAAAUGUUGGUGCAAUAUAAUGAAGCAUCAGUAAAUACCAUUAAAGAAGAACUCAAGUCACAAAAGAACAUAUGUACUGAACAAAAGUUACAGGGUUUACUGGGACAAGACGGUGCAUGGACAAUGCUCCAUAAGCUCAUAGUAAAGCAAUUGAAAGACAAAGGAGCUGUACUGUAUUAUCAGCAGCCAGAUAUUAAUAUAGAAACACCAGCUGACAACCCCGAUCAUUAUUAUCAACUUACUCUCAGUGACGAAUUGUGGCUGUGUCAGGCCCGUGAUCAUGGGUAUUUCUGUAUAGGCAUCGAUGGGAUGGGAAAUACGACUUGA